AUGAGCAAGGCUGGCGCGGAGGUUGUGUUGCGGUGUUUGCUUGGAUGGGACGUGGAUGUCGAUGCGCUGCCAUGGGGCGAGGUUACAGACGGCGGCGAGGUUGGAGUUGGAGCCGUGGGCGAACUGGCUGGCGGACUGGAAACAGUCGUGGUUGCUAAAGAUGUGCCAUGGAAAGCUGGGUGUGGUCCUGGCGAGAGGGAGGCUGGGACGCAGGCUGUUUAG